GCAGCGCUAUCGGAAUAAAAAAUGGCGAACUUAUACUGAUUUCCACCGAUUACUUUUAUAUGCUCAUUACUGAUACUGAAAGCGAUUAUAUUGCAAUUGGUUGGUGUUUCUUGGUGAAAAACAGAUAUAAAUGGUUUUCUUUCUCGGUGUUAAAAGUAUUAUCAAUAUUGUAAGAUGUGGCACGAAGCUCGUAAGCAGGAACGAUUGAUCCGCGGUAUGAUUGUGGAUUACCAACGUAGAGCGGAGCGGCGCAAAGAUUUCUAUGAAAAAAUUAAGGCUGAACCUACUCAGUUUCUGCAGCUUCAUGGACGACCGUGUAAAAUACAUUUGGAUCCAGCUAUUGCUGCCGCGGGGGAGGGGCCUGCUAUAAUGAUGCCAUGGCAGGGUGACAGCAGUAAUAUGAUAGACCGUUUUGAUGUAAGAGCUCACUUGGAUCACAUAGCAGAAGUAAAAAAUCCCGACAUACCACCAGAUGAACUUGAUCAAGAGGAAAGGCAAUGCAAUUAUGAAAGAUAUAGGAUACUUGCACAAAACGCAUUCUUAGGAAUAAGUGAAGACAAAUUCUUACAACAAUUAGCUAUAGAAGAACAGUUUGGUGUCACCGUUGACGAGAAAGAGAUGCAGAAAGAGAAAUUGGGUGAAAAGAAAGGGAUGGGUGCUGCUAUAGCCUACAAUUAUAGUGAUCCAGGAGCAGAACCGUCUAGUUCUAAUGGCCCUGAGAUUAAACAAAUGGAUGCAAAAGAUUCUGAUGAUGAAUCAGAUUUAGAAAUUAUUGAUGUUGAUUUGAGCAUUGAUGUCAACAAAAUGGAAGCCUCACAGGCACACGAGUUGAAUUCAGUGGGUCCAUUGUUUGGAAUGGCGGGAUGUGAUCUAUUCUCAUUCCUCACUGGGGAUGCUGAUGAUGCCGAACAUCAGAAACAACUUCUAAGAGAAGAAAAGGAAAAAGCCAUGUACUCCGGGAGAAAGAGCAGAAGAGAAAGACGCGCUCAUCGUGACAAGAAGUUAGCGACACGUGUGGUGUCACCACCGAGCUACGCAGCGCCGCAGCCCCGGCCGGCCUCGCGCUCGCCGAGCCGCUCCCCGAGCCGCAGUCCCUCCCCCGCUGACAACAUUGAAUUCAUCACAUCCUUCGGCGGAGAGGAUGAUGAAGUUAAGCCAUUUCAGCCUCAGAAGACGCUGUAUGUGGAUAAAUUGAAACAUAAUCUUAAGAAGACGGAACUGUAUGCUGAGGUAGCGAGAAAAACCUCGAAGGCAAGGUCACCAUUGAGAGAUAAAUACACGCGACCGGUAAUGGGAGCUCGCGGGCCAGAGACGAGGUCGAGGACGAGAUCGCGAACGAGAUCGUAUACCCGUUCGCGCUCUCGCUCUCGCUCUCGAUCCCGAUCCCGUUCCCGAUCCCGUUCCCGAUCUCGCUCCCGAUCACGAUCUCGUCACAGCACUCGCUCCAAGUCGGGGUCUCGCUCGUGGAGGAAGUCGAGGUCCCCGAGGUCAAGAUCUGCAUCUUCAAGGUCACGCUCGAGGUCGUACAGCCCCUACAGGAGGUCGCGCUCGAGGUCAAGGUCCCGUACGUUUAGAAAUAAACGAUCCCGCAGCCCUUCAAAUAAUAUGAACCGUAAUAAUUCGAGGUCGAUGUCGUAUGAAAGUAAUGAGAAAGGUCAGAGCAAGCCGGUGCCGAGGUACUACGGUCGUCGUAAAGAGGACAAGUCCUCGAGUGAACUCUCCGUUGACUCCGGUUCUAGUGACACUGAUGAUGACAAACAUAAAUCGUCGGUGGGCAAUAAGUCAAACACAAACCAGAAUCAGUUACGAUUGUCUGGAUCCAGCACCAAAGGCCCUUCGAGAGAAACUCUUACAUUGAAAGAGAAAUUGAAACGGAAAAUGCAAGCUCAAUUAUCAAAGCAAUUGCGGGCUGACAAGCGAGCUGAGGCUGAGCGUGCUGAGCGCGAGAGCCGGCGUCAAGCUCGCAGAGAUGAGGAGAUGCGAGAUCUGGUCAUCAAACUGCGCCGCAAGCAACGUGAGAUAAGACAUCUACAGAAUCGACGUUCCAGUGACGAUAACUCUGACAGAAGUCGUAGCGGCUCAUCUUCGAGAGGAUCACCAGAUGAGAAGAAAAGAGACUAUAGUCGAUCAAAAUCUCCAUCACCAAAACCGAAACGAAUACCAGUAUGGGAGUCGGAGGAAGUUGCACCACAAGCCUUUAGAGCUAGAGCUCAAGAAAUUGGAGAUAAUUCUCAUUACCAAAGGGUAAGAAGAAGAUAUCAAGAUAAUACAGAAGAAUUUUACAAUAGACAACAUGAUAGAAGAUGCGAAGAAAAUAAAAUACAAGGUUACAAUAGAUACGAAAGGUAUCCUAAUAAAGAACAUGGCCGUUCUGAGUACAAUCGUUUUGAAAAUGAUAAUAAUAGGGAAGAUAAUAAGAGUUAUCAAGAUAGAAGAAGACCUUUCAAUCCUCAAUUCAGAAGUAAUUAUAGAGAUCCGAAGUAUUACGGCGAAGGACCAUCACAAUGGCCGCCGCAGUACCAACAUGGCGACAGAGAAAGUGCGGGAAAUUAUUGUAAAAGUGAGAGAGAAAGUGCUGGAAGUUGUAAAAGUGAGAGAGAAAGUGCGGGUAAUUGUAAAAACAAAGUUAAGCUUGUCGAUUAUUAGGUUAGAAUUUGAAAUUAUAUAUACUUUUAGUUUGUGGCAACUAAAUACUAGAUAUGGAAACAAAUAAAUAUGGUCCAUCUUGUUUAACAAAUGUAUGGAUCAGUGGAUUCUGGUCUACGGAAUUACUGUGAGAAAAUCCUGGGAGAUAAAGGAUGUAUUAAUUUCUCAUUUAGUAAUUGUUUUUUUUAAUUGGAAUUAUUUAAAAGUGUUCUU